AUGGAGUCGUCAACCACGCAGUCCCUCCUCAUCUCCCUCGCGAUCAUCGUCGCCGUGUUCGCCGGAGGCUUCUUUGCGUACCAGCAGGGAAUGCUGGACCCUAUCAUCGAGCAGAUUGGCGUCAUGAUGUUCAAGGCAAAGGCGGAAGCCGAGAAGAAGAAACUCCAGGCUCAGGGGCAGAAGGCCGGCCAGGAUUUUGUCGAUGACCAACUCAAGGGGAACAAGCAGGCGGCCGAUGUGGCGGACGGCAUUGGUUCUUUUGGUGGACUGAAGAAGCAGCUUUAA